AAGCAGCAAGAACAAAGAAUAUUUGAAAAGAAAGAAAAGAAAAGGAUGAGAUGACACAUGUAGUUGUUUAUGACCUUAAUAACCUUACAUGUGUAUUAGUUUAAUGUAAACUAAACAGUUUUUCCUUCAUUGAGAAACAGGUGGUCCAUUUUUGGACCACCGGUCCUCAAAGGGUUAAAUAGAUUUUCUCAAAAACUAAAACCAGAUUUAUUGAGAUAGAAAUCAAUUUAAACAGAUUUUUCGCACAAAAAGUUACGCAGAAUGAAUUUAAAUGUAUCUUUUUUAAAAUUAAUUUCUAAAUGAAUUUUAAAAAAGUAGAUUUAAAUAGGUUUUUUUCAAAAAGAAGUCGAGUUAAAUAGAUUUUUUCAUGAAAAAAUAAAUAAAUAAAAAAAAAUGGCAUAUUUCUUCAAGAAGUGCCGCAAUGGGUAAUAGCUAUAAGAAAGCUUCACUUUUCACUUGCACGAAUCGACACUGAUAACGUUUUUCUUUUGCGCCAGUGUUGAUAACAAGUGAGCUUCUUUUAAUACCUCACAAAGACUAACUCUUGUGUCUGUAUAAGCUGCACUAAACAUGUUCACAGUUUGCAUGGCAAAAGAAUGGGAGAAAAAAGGAAUUUUUAUUGCUUUGGUACAUCCCGGAUGGGUCAGAACCGACAUGGGCGGCGACAGCGCUGAUCCCGACACUGAUACGGCUGUUACAAAUAUUGUUGAAUGUUUACAAUCGUUGAAAGCUGAACAUUAUGGCAGAUUAAUUGAUUCAACACAAGCAUCCAUCAUAACAAUAUUCCCUUGGUAA